CAGUCCAGCAUUAGAGGAGAGAAAGCAGAGGAGGCGUGUGUGUCUGUGUGUGUGCAGUGAGAGUAAAAGCAUAGUGACUUCUUCUCUUUUUUUGUUGGAGUGGUGGCGGCUCUGUGUGUGUGUGUGUGUGUGUGUGUGUGUGUGUGUGUGUGUGUGUGUGUGUGUGUGUGUGUGUGUGUGUGUGUGUCAGAGAGGGAAGAAGAGCACAUGUGUGUCUGCUGUUGAAGGAGACGCUGCUGGGUGUGAUGGCUCUUUCGCGUUAGUACUUGUGUGGACAGGAGAGUUGGAGGCAGUUGUUUUGUGGGACUCGCAGGGAAUGGCAAACUCCGCGGUAUCCCUGGAAACAUCCGACUAAAUGACAAUGGCUGAGGCUAUCUGCUGCACCUUGGUGAACUGUAACUGUGACAGCUUCAAGCCGGGGAAGCUGAAGAGGAGGCAGUGUGAAAACUGCAAGCAUGGCUGGGUGGCUCACGCCCUGAGCAAGCUGAAGGUGCACCACAUGUACCAGAGCAGCCAGGUGGAGAUCGUCCACUCCAACGUGGUGUUCGAUAUCUGCAGCCUGAUGCUGUACGGCACCCAGGCCAUCCCCAUCCGCCUCAAGAUCCUCCUGGACCGCCUGUUCUCCGUCCUGAAGCAGGAGGAGGUGAUCCAGAUCCUGAACGCGCUCGACUGGACGCUGCAGGACUACAUACGAGGAUACGUGCUCCAGGAUGUAGCGGGGAAGGUGUUGGACCGCUGGGCGAUCAUGACAUUCGAAGAGGAGAUCGCUACACUGCAGCAGUUCCUGCGUUUUGGGGAGACCAAAUCCAUCGUAGAGCUGAUGGCUCUGCAAGACAAAGAGGGCCAGGCAGUGCUGGUUCCCAGCACCCGCACCAACUCCGACAUCCGCACUUUCAUUGAGCGAAACACCCCGCGCACCGCUGCCAACCUCUCCACAUCCAAAACCGAUAAGCUGAGCGGCAACAGCAUGCACCACUUUGAGAACUUCAUCAACAGCAUGGCCUUCAUGCUUCCGUUCCAGCUUCUCGGAUCUGUUCCCGCACCGUUCCUCGGCUCACAGACAGGGGGCAUGCAACAGCAACACCAGCAACAUCAGCAGCACCAGCAGUCAUGCCGUGGGCCAAUGGAGCAGCAGAGUCAUCGACAGGACGGUCAAGGGCGGGAUGGUCUACUUAGGGACAAUCACCCCUCUCUGUCGCACCCAUCGGAGAGCACGCUGCUCGGCUCCACCUCCAUCUCAUUCACUGCUGAUCUCGACAGAAGUGUAGACAAGCCGGUGGACGGCCUCUCUGCCAGCACAAAGAUCGAGGCUGAGGACUUCUCUACCAGUGACAACUACUCAGAUGGGCCCUCCACACCGUGCACACCGUCAAUCAGCUCUGACGUGACACAAAUGUCUCCCGAGAGCAAACUGCGCUCACUAGACAGGAACGGGAGCAGCAGUGGAGGCAUCUCAGGAGGUGUUGCUGGAGGAAGCUCUCUGAAGAAGGGUCGUGUAUUUUGCAAUGCUUGUGAGAAGACGUUCUACGACAAAGGCACACUGAAAAUCCACUACAAUGCAGUGCACCUGAAGAUCAAGCACAAGUGUACCAUCGAGGGCUGCAACAUGGUGUUCAGCUCUCUGCGCAGUCGCAAUCGCCACAGUGCCAACCCAAACCCACGCCUACAUAUGCCCAUGAACCGAAACAACCGGGACAAAGACCUGCGGAGCAGCUUGUCUGCUGAUGAAAGCUCUCAAGGAGAGAAGAGACCUGAAUACGGCACCCCCAUCUCCAUCUGCUCUGCAGAGAGUCAAAAGUCUGUGCCCAGCUACAUGGUGAGCCACGUGGACUCUGGCUCCAAGCUCCACAGCAGCUCUUUCUCCAGCAUGGGCCAAAGCGGCAUCCUCUUCCCCAACUUAAAAACGGUGCAACCAGUCCUGCCUUUCUACAGAAGCCUGGUAACCCCGGCUGAACUUGCCAACACCCCAGGAACACUGCCCUCCCUUCCCCUGUUGUCCUCUUCUGUACCCGUCAAACCCAUCACAGCCCCCGAGCCCUCCAUGGCUGACCCUAUACCAAAGAAAAAGUCUCGCAAGUCCAGUAUGCCCAUAAAGAUAGAAAAGGAGAUGGUGGAACAAGAUGAGCAGAUGGACAAGGAGAGCAGCUCUGAGGAUGAAACUCUGUUACACAGCAGGGACAAAGACGAGUGUGAUGGUAACAAAGCAGGUCGUCUGUGCACGAGACCAGCCGGGGAGGAGAAGGAAGCCAGAGAGGCAUACAAUGGCAAAGACAAGGAGAGAGAGCAAAGUUUAGAGAGAGAAAUGACAGAGAGGGAGGACAAAGGUGAUGGGUCAAGGCAAACAGAGACCGGAGUCAUCACUUGUGCAUCCUCCCCCUUUGAAAACAGGCUGAUAGACAAUCACUGUGACAACUUACUGUGUCAGGAACCCAACAGCAGCAAAGAAAGGGAGGACCGGGAGCACACGGCCAACAAGAUGUCAGAACUCAAAUGGGAUGAAGGUGAGCACAGGCUGACUAACGGGGGCGCUCUCCAGCUCAUAGAGAGGGAGGGGUCUGAUGGGUGCGGAGAUGACUACGGAGACUCGGGAUUAUCUCACCUCGAUCCCGAUGCCGUCCUGCCACACCACUGUGAGAUCUGCAGUAAGAACUUCAAAAACCCCUACAGCGUCAAGAUGCACUACCAAAACGUCCACCUGAAGGAGAUGCACAUGUGCACAGUGGACGGCUGCAAUGCCGCCUUCCCCUCCCGCAGGAGCCGAGACAGACACAGCGCAAAUCUGAACCUGCACCACAAGCUGCUGACCAAAGACUCCUUCAGCCCAGCCAACGCUCUCUACUCGCACUCGUCCCUUUGUAGAGACAGAGACUCCGUUGGCCUGGACUACUGCCAAGACCAGCGGGAAAGAGAUCUGCCCCACCGGGACCCAACCAGCCAGACUUCCGUCAUCUUCCGAGGGCACAACCGCAUGGGUCUGGUCUUCCCGAUGAGCAAAAUGUCCACGGCUCCCGACAGCGCAGAGGCAUCUCCCGUGGGAGAGAGACAGGGUUUGGGAGGCGGAGAAGGCGGUGGGAGCGGGGAGGAUGGAGCGGUCCUGGACCUGAGCACCUCUUCCUCCGGCCCACCUCGCGUCGGCGGCAGCGCUCAGUCUUCCUGGGACUCAGAUGGAGCCGGGAGCGAGGAAGGGGAGGGGGCAGAGGAAGACGAGGAGGCACUCCCCAUGGAGGACAGCGACGAAAGCUGCGAUGGGAUCGGCGUGGGCAGGCCUGGGGGCGAGGAGCUUGCACUGGAGGGGGGCAGGACCCUGGGCUGUGGUGAGGGAGGACAAGGCGGGCUUCAGGGAGGUGGGGGUGGAUCUCCAAUAACGUGCCACGUCUGCCAAAAGGUCUACAGCAACAAGGGCACAUUCAGAGCCCAUUACAAGACCGUCCAUCUGAGACUGCUUCACAAAUGUAAAGUCCCCGGCUGUGACACGUCGUUCUCCUCCGUACGCAGCAGAAACAGGCACAGCCAGAACCCGAACCUCCACAGGAACCUAGCUGUGAGCUCAGGGGCCCCCAUGGAACAGGAGUAGGGAUCUGAUCACAGAUGCCAACAUUUACUUUCUUUGAAUUGUUCUCUUUUUCUGUUGGUGUUUUUCUUUUCAGGGCACUAAAGAAGGCUCACCAAUUAGCACUUUUAAACAUCGCGCCAUCAUUCGUCCAUUAUUUUAGACAAAAGGAGAAAGAGAGAAAACCAAAUCAAUUUAAGACAACCCAAACCUGCACUGGUCAGUCGAUUGAUUUCAGCGUUUUUCUAGAUUUUUUAUUUUUUUUAAUUGGUCUGCCUUUCAGCCCUUUAAAACCUUCAUCUGUAUGGACUCAAGUUUUCCUUGUGUUGUCUAAGUGAGAGUUGAAUCAUGAAGCCGUGUCCCGCAAGUGAUCGUCUUCCAGUGUUUCUGUUGUCGGAUGUCCACAUCUGCCCUGUGAAGCUGUAGUGAAGUAACUCCUACACGUGUCAGUUCACUCGUUCCAGCAAAAGAGUCUCUGUUGAAAAACUAUUGUGUUGUGAGGUAGAACAAUAAGUUAUUGUACGGUGUUUCUAUGAUCUGUCUUUACUGUUCUCUUUGUUGCAAACUGCUAAUGUUGACCAAAGAUUUUUCUCAGUUUCUCAGUGCGUGCGUGUGUGUGUGUGUGUGUGUGUGUGCACGCGUGUGUGUGUGUGUGUGUGUGUGUAUACAGACCCUUCGUGUUGUGGGAGGGGUUAUGCAGUAUUAAGGGGCCCGCCCAGUCUUCGCUCACCUUCAGUUGUUAUUAGCAGCAGUAUUCAGGCGUGGGCGUGGCUGUAAAUCAAUCAAAUAUAUGAAACACUUUGACUGAAAGGGUGAAACGAGUCCUGAGUGUGUCGGUGUUUUUGUAAAGAGGUGUUCUCCCGCAGUGAGACUUGAUGUUGUUUGCGUGGUUUCUUGCAGUAACCUCACCGACUGGACAAACGGCAGAAAGAUGCCACCUCUGGAGGCAGGAAGGAUGUACUGUGAAUGAGUCAAACACUGAGAAAUAAUCAUGAAAAAAUGCAGUUUCUAAAUCUGGCCCCUUUCAGGAGCACACCUUUAAAAACAAACAAACAAAAAAAAAAAGAGCAGUAAACAAAAUGUUUAUUGAGCUGUAGAUUCUGUGAAUAAUUUGUUAUCUGAAAGACACCAAAAAUAUACUGUAUAAAAUGGAAGAAUUUCACCACUAACAUCACGUUUUUUUAAUGAAUGAACAUAAACACUGUGUUGUACAUUUCUGAUGAUUUCGCCAUGGUUUACUGUUCGGGUUUUGCUCUGUAUUCUGCAUAUUUUUCAGUCUGUAUUUAAAUGCGACGGCUCACAUUUAAGGCGGCACUCAUUUGUUGUUUGGAUUUGUUUAUAGAGAAAAAAGAGCAAAAACCGAGACAUGUUGAUAGAUGUUCACGUUUCUUUUGAAUUAAUGUUACAAUAUUCAUUCAGUUAAAUA